UAAAGCUCCAGUAUGUAAUAAUUUUGUAAUAAAAUUUCAGAAAAUAACUUGCACAGUGUGAUAUAUUUCCUCCAGUUGUGUACUUACAAUAUUUCAAAAGUCUCUAAAGAUUUUUUAUUUCAGAGAAAUUCCGAUUUUAAAUAACUGGCCGUCCCGGAAAAGAAAUGUCGCCUCUCAGUGACGCAAUGUCCGCUCUAUACUUUGUUCCGGUGUAGACCAGAAUAUCACAUGGUCAAAUGCGGAAGUGGUUGUUAUGGAUCACGAUUACUCUUUGGCGAGUAUUGAAGUGCCAGUAAAACGGAAGCGUCCAUAUUUGGAUACACGCAGACUGUGUGACAAACGGAGGAAUAAAACCAGGAUAAAUAUCGGCCAGGCGUUUUCGAGAUGGAGAGAGCUGCGCGACAAUCUUGGACUUGACAGAGACUCUGCUCUCGCGAGUGUAUUUAUAGACAGAAAGCAAAGAAACGCCAAUCAGCGCAGAGCUGCUGUGUAUGCGACGCAUCAUCAAAACGCGCAUCAAGAUUUCUUCUUCGUUCGUUGUGUUUUUCGGGACUGACAUCAAACAGACUCUACAGAUCGGCCAUGGCAUCGUCUUUGGAGCAGUGCAAGUUUUUAGAAUGUUUGAAAAGGAAGCGUGUUAAAAUAACCCUCCUCGAUACACAAGUCAUUGGUGUUAUAAACCGGAUCAAUCUAAACAAGACUGUGAUUUUAGAGGACGUUUACGAAGUACAAAGCGGGAAGAAAUUUCCAGGUGUCAAACUCUUUUUUGGACACGACAUCGUUAAAGUUGAAUUUCCAUUCUCUGGGAAUCAAGACAAUAUGUCUGGUGUUGAUGAAGCCCACAAGUCGAAAUUUCAGACUUGCAAAAACAGGACCAUGCUGGAUCACAAUGUACACGAUGACACCAUUAAUUAUGUGGUGAUAGACGAGCUCCAGGAACAGUUUGGCCCAGCGGUAACACACAUCCAAGAACAAAAAGUGAUCGGAAUUGGAGCUGACUUUUUUGAGCAAAAUAGACUUUGUUGGUUUAAGGUUGCCACUAAGAACGUGGUGUACCUCUUUGAUAUCCUUUUGCUUGGAGGAAGAGCUUUUAGGAAUGGACUGUGCAUGAUUCUGGAAAAUCAGUACAUACUUAAGGUCACGCAUGACUGCCGGUGCAUUGCCAGUUGCUUAAGUGCACAGUUUGGAGUGAGCCUUACUAAUGUGUUUGACACACAGGUAGCUGAUAUAAUGCUUUUCAACAAGGACACAGGAGGCUUCCUACCAGACAGGGUCAGCACUCUGCAAGAAGUUGUCAGACUACACCUAAAAGUGCCCAUAAGUGAAAUGUUUCCUUUCUGGGCCCAAGAACAGUGCACUAAGGAGAACCCAGAGGUCUGGUAUAUACGUCCUUGUCCACCUGCCCUGCUGACCCUCAUGGCCGUUUCAGUCAUUCACCUGCUUCCUCUGCGACAUGUUUUAUUGGAUGCCCUCAUGUCAGACUACACGAACCUCGUAGAUUCCUACAUGUGCAGCUACCAAAACCAGUCUGUUAACCUGCUCCAUUUUGACAGGAAUGGAAAUGAACUCCCCAAAGAAGCCAGAGAAUUGGAGGCAGUGAGGCAGAAACGAUUGAAAUGGGCUUCUCAUUGCUACGUUGUUUCUGAUGAUGGCCUCCUGGAACGCUCAAGCUUUAAACCCCCCUCCCUUCAGUCAUAGAUUAUUAAGUCAGUGUGUCCCGGGUUAUUUCCAGUCACUGCAACGGUAUUCUAUAAAUGCAGAUGAAAAGAGAAAAGAGGUGAUAAGCCCUAGCAUUAUUUGGUUAGUCUGCCAAUGUACAACUAAAAUCUGAAAUUGAUACCAAACUUUAACGGCAACAUUUUCAUGUAAAGAACACUUAAUAUUUUUUGUUUGUGAUUUAUCUUGAUAUAUUUUAUUUUUGUAAAAUAUCAAAGCAUAUUUUAGUUAUGAGAGUA